AUGGAAGGGCUAAUACAACUGACCUUCGGUCUGGUAAUUAUUGUCCUUCGGCUAAGAGUGGUAGGUUCUCCGCCUGACUUUCCCCAGUACCCAGCUAACAUACAUAUCUAUAGCCAUUCCUGAAGCCGCGCACCCCGGUGUCGAAGCAAAGCAAAUGUGUUUGCACAUUGAGGAAAUGGUGAAAGAGGAAGAGCAAAAAAUGAAGAGUGAGAUGGGCAACCCCAGGGUUACUAUGGAACUCACUAUUAAGCGGCAAAUUGCAGGUGCUUCGAACGGAAUCCGGGCCGUGUUUGCGGCGGAGGCUAAUAGUGCUGCCCGGGCUAGAGAGAGGGGAAGAAAAGGAGGUGAAGUACUGUGAGUCCGAAUACCAAUUCUCGUUUUCAAUACCAGGUUUCCUCCCCCGGAUCGGGAUAGACAAACAGAGGCUUGUGAUCAAGACUUACUGAUAACGGGGGCGGAACCGGUGCAGUGUCACUAUUGUUUUGUUUUUGAAAAUUGAUUUAUUAGACAACGGAUUUGGGGGAGUGCAGGUUCUCGCACGAGCUACGGUCAUGAGAAGGCGGGAGUUCAAUUUGGAGUCUCCGCAUCUGGAUAGUGGGUAAUGGGAGAGAGGAGUCACAUCUCCUCCUAAGCAAGGUGGUGAUCGAAAGUGGAUGUUGGGAAUCUGUGGAGCACUGCCAAUGCGGGCGUCUCUCAGCGUGUAUAAACUUUAAAUGAUUAUAUGCAAUAAUAAGAGGGGAUUAUC